AUGGCCUUCGGUGGACUUAAAGCGAAGAUCUUGAUCCAGCACAUAGCAGGUCUGAACGCAGAGCUUCCAGCAGUGUGCCGGCUCAUCAGGAUCAACCCUGAGACCGUUCGCAGCAGUGUCUGUUCUGGAGUGAACGAAGAGCUUCCUCUGAAGCAGACAGCUGAGAAGAAAAAAGUCAAAGGCUCUGGGAGCACCUCUAACCAGUUUAACCCACUGGACCAAACCUGCAUCCAUCCCGAAUCCUACAGCAUCGCCUUGAGGUUCUUGUCUCAAAUAGGGGGCAGUUUGGAUCAGAUUGGCAGUGCUGCACUCAGACAGAGUAUUGAGAGUAGUGUUAAGAGCAGAGGUCUAGAUGUCUUGGCCAAAUCUCUGGACACCACACCUGAGACUCUUCAGCUAACUGUGGACGGACUCACUCAGCCGCCUGGCUUUGACAUUCGUCAGGAUUUUGAACAGGCAGAUUUCAAGCGGGAAAUUGUGUCCAUGAAUGACCUACACGAUGGAAUGGUGGUAACAGGCCGUGUGACAAACACUGCUUUAUUUGGAGCAUUUGUGGACAUUGGAGUCGGACGUUCUGGUCUCAUCCCAAAGCGUUUCAUCACUCCGGAUAAGCUUCCUGUUGACCAGCGGCAAAGAAGCCUAGCUCUUGGCCCAGGUGAGCGGGUAGAGGUACGGGUCAUAAAUGUGGAUCUUCAGAGGAAUCGGAUCACUCUGGACCUCAUUAGGGUUCUCAGAUAGGAACUAUUCAUUGAAGAUUUACUGUAGUCAAGUCUAGUUAUCAACUCUGCUUUCAUGUCGUGUAAAAAUAAAAGUUAGGCAAUAUCUUUUGUUCUUGUUCAAAGAUGCUGUUUUUGCUUCUGUUCUACAUUUAACCUGCUGUUACUGUAGUUUUCAUAACUUCAAUAAAAUAGAUAUCUUGCUACGUGAAACUUGACAGGAUUAUAACUGAAAUGAAUGUCUUCAUCUUCAGAAAUAUGAUGGUUUUUGUUGCAAGUGAAGCUCUUCCUAGAAUUUUGAUAGAUUUAUAUUCUCAGCCAAUUAUUAAAAUACUAAAAGAAUUUACUUCAUUUAGGCAUAUUAAGAGGACAGUUGCUAAUAACAUAACUGAGUUAAAAAUUAAGUUAUCAUUGCCCUUAAAAUACAGUUUUACAAUUAAAACAAUAAAAAAUACAAUCUUUUUUCACUCCCUUUCAUACCUUUGUAACCCCCAAUUUAACAACUUGUGGUAUAACUGAUGGAUGCAAUUCAAUGCAAAAAUGAAUGAAGUUAA